AUGAAGACCGUUGUUUCUCUUGCCGCCUUUGCGGUUGGCGCCCUAUCACAAGCCACGUUCGAGCCAGCUGAUUUCAACAUCACUGAAGCUCUCUUGAAGAACGGUGUGAAUAUAUCAGCCAUACCCGAGCUAGCGUCGUUUGCAGAACGAUCUUUAUCGAGUGGUUGUUCAGCAGCCUGCACGUCUCUGAAGUUAAUCUUCGGCGACGGUCAAGUCGAAACGCAGUCCGAAUCUGCGUACACUGCAUUCCUCGACGAUUUUUGGUCUGCCCAGCAGGCGGAGAUCUCGCCCCAAUGUGUAUUCAAACCAGAAAAGGCUCUAGAUGUAUCCACCUCAAUACUCCUAUCUCGACUUACACAAUGUCCAUUUGCGGCGAAGAGUGGAGGGCAUUCUGCCGUACCUGGAGGUUCAAAUAUCGAGGGCGGUAUCACCAUCAGCUUCGAAAGGAUGAACAAGACCACACCCUCUGAUGACAGAAAGAGUGUAUCGUUCCAGCCCGGACAAACUUGGUACGAUGUAUAUACCAAGUUGGAACAAUAUCAGCUCACCAUUAUUGGCGGUCGAGUUUCUGGUGUCGGUGUCGGCGGACUGACUCUUGGUGGAGGUAUCUCGUACUUCUCCAGCGUUUACGGAUUGUCGUGCGACAACGUUAUCUCCUUCGAGUUGGUCACGGCAACUGGAGUCAUCAUCACUGUCAGCAAGACCUCAUACCCCGACCUCUUCUGGGCUCUCCGAGGCGGUGGAAACAACUUUGGACUUGUUACACAGUUCAACGUCAAUGCUCUACCGAGAGCUGAUACUAUGUGGGGCGGAUCGCGGACGUACCUCGAGAGCGAAUGGCCUGCAUUACUUGAAGCCUAUAUCAAUCUCGGCAAGCAAGCCAAUCAAGACGGAAAAGCACACCAAAUCCUGUCAUUCGUCAACUACUCAGGUUCAGACCCGAUCGCACUGGUCGAACUGGAGUACGCUGACCCUGUUACAAAUGCAACCAUCCUGGAGGAAUACAAUACUAUUGAAGGUGCCAUUGCCGACACGACAGCUGUAAGAAGCCUCGCGGAGCUUACUACACUGAUCGACGGCAAUGGGGAAUAUAAUGGGAAGCGUCAAGCUUUCUGGACCUGGACGACCAAGCUCGAUCUCGAAAUGGCUACUCUGACUAAAGACAUCUUCUACGAGGAAAUCGCAAGUGUUAAAGACGUGGCAGAUUUUGUAGGCGCUGUUUCUCUCCAGGUCAUUACCGACCCGAUACUGGAGAAGACGAAAUUGAAUGGUGGCAAUGCUCUCGGACUGGAUCCUAAGGACGGCCCCCUUGCGCUUUUCCUGGUAUCUCCAAGCUGGUCCAAUAGCGCGGACGACGAGACGGUCAACCAGUUUGCCGCGCGUGUCAUGGAUCGUUGUGUAGAGGCUGCAAAGGCUGCUGGUAAACUGAACGAUUACCUGUACAUGAAUUACGCCAGUCCGUACCAGAAUCCUAUUGGUGGAUACGGUGCAGCCAACCAAGCUAGGUUGAACACCAUAUCGAAGAAGUAUGACCCUACUGGUGUGUUCCAGACCCUUCAACCGGGCUACUUCAAGCUUGAUGGUACUGCGCCAUUGGGCCAGUUGUAA